CAAACUGGCAACAUGCAGCAGAAAAGCCGUUCAUAUAGAGGUAAGCGGUCAGCUGGUAAGCGAGAAAAGAAACGGCAACAUAUAUGUACCACCCCGCAGCGUUUGCUGUAAAGAUGAAAUGCAGCCAUUUGCGCUUCUGGCUAUAUAAUUUGUGAUCUCCAGAAAUGUAUACGGGGACAUUUUCAGAACAAGUCUAUGUUGAUUAACUUGUACACAAAAUGAAUACUGUUGAUAUAUAUACUAUAUUUAAGUCUCAGUUAUGGAAGCCUUAAGAUCAGAGGAAAUGCACUUUCACAUUUUCAUAUCCUGGUCAGAAGGGCUUCAUUUUAUUAUUUAAUGAAAUGAACAUGAAUGUCCUGUUGUAAACCACUUUUGUCUCCAACAGGACACAUUUGCUGCAUAAUGUGCUUUUAUAAUGGCACAGUAAAGUGAAGCGUGUUACACAGUGAUAUAAUGCAUUAGUGGAAUAUGACUCUAUGCUGAAGACAGGUACCUGAUUAACGUGAGCUGUACACCUGAUGCUGAGCUUGUGCUGAUGAUGUUCCUCCUGACUGCCGUGUUUCUGGUGCCUCCCUCACACACAUACAGACAGGAGGAGACCAGUAUAAAUAGCACAUCAUCACAAACACUGACAAAAGACACUCGAGAAGAAACCAGGACAACAAGAAUCCUCAUUUAUUUUCCCACUCGAGCAGAACAACUGCAUGUGGAACUGAACACCUGUAGCGUGAGUGAUCCACCCUUGGAGGCUCAGAGUCCCUGCCUCACCCAUCCUACAUUCAGAGAGCCAGACAACUCGGACAUCACGGUGAUGUGUGGCACGAACAGGAUAGAUCUGCAGAUUUUGUUGUGUCCCAUGUAUUUCAAUGGAUACAGUGAAUCGAUGGUGGCUCUGAAUAGUCAGUUCUCCACACCUGAAUGCAGAGGAAUUGCAGACUGGUUCGUCGACCCUCCUGUUGUCAGAUUCCAGUUCUACAUCACUGAGCCAUACUUGUCUAUUUGCUCCAAUAAACUCACGAUCAGUCAGGAGAUUGGAUCUGGGCUUUUCUCGGACUUCUCCAGUGUGCAGUCGGUGAACAUCUCUGGAGUGGUGAACACUCAGGACCCCAACGCUGGGACCAUCACUUACAAGCAGGAGAUAAAGUACAUGUUCUCCUGCCGAUACCCACUGCAGUACCUGCUCAACAACACCGAGAUCAGCGUAUCUGGAGUUAGUCUGGCCAUUAAAGACAACAAUGGCAGUUUUAUCAGCACUCUCAGCAUGCAUCUUUUUGAGGAUUUGGCAUAUACAACUCGUCUCUCCAUUCCUCCAGUGGGUCUUAAUCUGAAGACCAGGGUUUUUGUGGAAGUUCGAGCUACUAAUCUCACCCAAAGGUUUAAUGUUUUGUUGGAUCGAUGUUAUGCAACCACUAGUCCUUAUCCAGAAAACAGCACAUCAUUUGACCUGUUCAUUGGAUGUUACAAAGAGCCACAGACCGUGAUGUUUGUGAACGGAGAGCUUCAGACUGCACGUUUCUCCUUCGAGACGUUUCGCUUCACCGAGCACAGAAACAGGACAGUGUCCACCUCUUACAUCCACUGCGCCACCAGACUCUGUGAGAAGACUUUCUGCAGAUCCUUACGGCAGAACUGCACAGUGUUAGGAAGAAAGAGAAGAGAAGUGCAGUCGGCUCAGGGAACUUCAGUCAGUGAUGUCGCCACCAUCACUUCUGGACCAAUUGUUACCAAAGUGGACGAAGUGCUUGGUGCUGUUCCUGCAGCAUCUGUGAAUCGCAGGCAGGAGCGGACGGUGAUCGGCUUCUCCGUGGCCGCUGGUCUUUUCGGUGGACUCUGCGUCAUCAUGCUAGCUGUGCUAAUCUAUAAGAUCAGCAAGAGCCGAUUCAGUGUAGGAAAAUCCACACUUUCCCACUGACAGUCACAAUUCUGCAUCCCAUUCUUCCCAUUCUUGUAGCUUUAGUCAUGUGAUAGUAGAUCUGUGUCUUACAGUUUAAAACAAUCUACUGAAGUACAUCAUACUCAUGCAUGCAACGAUUUGUUAUUCCAUUGAUAUGUAGGCAUUUUGGGGGUUUCUAUAUGAGGGCAAAAUGUAUUUUUCUAAUGUUGUCAUAUUGAAUACAUUAAAGCAAUACCCAAAUAAGGA